AAAAUACUAACCGAAUGCCAAAAACAGUUGCGGCGAGGGCCGGGUCAUGUCCACCGAUGGCAAGGGCUGCAUGGACCGGAACGAGUGUCUGGAUCUGCCCUGUCUCAAUGGCGGAAUCUGCAUCAAUCAGGAACCGCGAUUCCGGUACCGGUGCGAUUGUCCCGAUGGGUUCUGGGGCGAAAACUGCGAACUGAUCCAGGAGGGUCAAACGCUGAAGCUGAGCAUGGGGGCCCUGGCGGCCAUCCUCGUCUGUCUGCUAAUCAUUCUGAUCCUGGUUCUGGUGUUUGUGGUGUACAAUCGACGCCGGGAGGCCCUGAUCAAAUAUCCGGGCCCGGAUGACGACGUCCGGGAGAACAUCAUCAACUACGACGACGAGGGCGGCGGCGAGGAUGACAUGACGGCCUACGACAUUACCCCGCUGCAGAUUCCGAUCGGUCCGAUGCCGGAGCUGACGCAGUGCAAAAUGCCACCCCUGAUGUAUCCGGUAAUGACGAUGGGUCCUGGCCAUGAACCCAACGUGGGAAUGUUCAUCGAGGAGCACAAGAAGCGGGCGGACAGCGAUCCGAAUGCGCCACCUUUCGACGAUUUGCGGAACUACGCCUACGAGGGCGGUGGCAGCACGGCAGGAUCGCUCAGCUCCCUGCAGUCGGGAACCGACGACGAGGUGCAGGAAUUCGACUACCUAGAUGCCUGGGGUCCCCGAUUCGACAAGCUGGCCAACAUGUACGGCGAACAUCAUCCGACCGAACUGGACGAGCUAAAUUAAGGAGGCAAAGCAGCACGAUCACGAACACGAAAACGAAACCGCGCAGGACGGAAAUUCUUUCCGCAAACAUAAUUCUCUUCCAAGUUGGUCGUCGUCGUCGUUGUCAUCGGAGAAACUAAAAUCGAUGCCGAAGUCGUCUUCGUUGCCAUCAGUCGGAGCGAGAGUCAGCUGAAUCCCUCGGUGAGUGUAGCCCGGGUUUUUUUUUCCUUGAGAGAUUGUUGUGAAUGUUUGAACGAGAGCAUAUUGGAGGGUCCGUCUGUUGGCGAGAAUCAUCGUUAAACGGGGCCGACAGAGUCUUCGAAUUAAUGCGUGGAGGGAUUUGCAGCUGCUCUCCAAAAGGUGUAAAUGAGAAAUGGAAAACCAAAGCUUAAUUAUAAAUGUUAGUAGGAUGGAAGUUAGGAAGAUAGGUUUGAGCAAUUCACAGUUAAGAGAGAGAUUGAAAAAAAACGCACGAAAAGUCAUCGUUCUCUUCCUUCUUUCGGGGAUUUCUUUUUGUGCUGGCGCGUGCCUAAGGAAAUCGGAACGAGAGAGAAGAGAAAAAUGUGUUGCUCCUUUUGAGCGAAGAUCAUCACUACACACGGUGAUUUAACUAAAAUACUUAUAUAUCAACGAGUUUUUAACAACAAAAAAACAACAAUGAGUCAUGUUCUCGUUCGGACUUUUUUCGGUGGCAUUUACAUGACAAAUAGAAAAAGGGGCUCAUAUACACUGAAGCAGAAAUAUACACUACGAUAAACAAAAACACACCAAAUACAGUUACACAGCCACUUUACACCGUUGAAUAGCAAACACCUGUACCGGAUCUAGCAAAUAAGGUAGUUAAUUGUUUAAGUUCGAACAAUCGAGAGCAAUUGGAGUACCUUUUACACACAGUUUUAUUUUUAGUUUUAUUUCCUUUGAUUUUGAGAUUUUAUACUGAAAUGCUAACGUGUUAUUUUAGUUUGUAAAGCCACGAGUCAUAACAAAUUUUUACUUUUUAUUCUUAUUGAAAUCAACACCACUGUUCCUGUUUUGUGUUUUAGGGAGGAGAAGUUUUUUAAGUA